UAUCGCCAAGGGUUUGACGCCAAGGAGACAAGAGGGCGGAUGACCAGCGAGAGCACAUCGAGGUUUGGAAACGCUGUCCCUUUUGGAGGCAUCCAUCAAGAUAUCAAUAGUACCAUGUAAUUAUCGCUUGUUAAAUGUGCGCCGUCCCUUCUCCUUCUCCCCGACCCGGCAAAACAACACCGUUCCCCGGGCCCGAACCAGUAACCAGCCGCGAUGAUCUCCUGGCUUCUCCGCCUCCGGCGACCCGCCAGCACCGCCGAGAACCCAGCCCAAGCCGACCGGAGUCCGCCCGAGAAAAGCGGCCCCGAUCCGGCUCCGCCUUCCGCGUCAAACGCAAGUCUCACACUUAGCACCAACCGGCCCCGCCCGACGCUGGUUACGCUUCCGCCCGAAAUCCACCUCCUCAUCGCGCAGUAUCUCAUCUACCCGGACGCGCUGUCGCUCAAGCACACGAACCGCCACUUCUACCGGCUGGUCGACACGGGCGUCCGGCUCAAGGUAGAAUGGCUCAUGGAGCGCCGCCUGCUGCACCUCGAGUGCCCGAACGAUCAGCGGUGCGAUCUGGGCAGCGACUUGCGUUUCUGUCGGGGGAGUGUGAAGCUACUCAUGCGCCGGAGGCGAGAACACAUGGAGUGUGAGUCGCGGCCGGGACUGGGGUGCCUGAUCUACGGCACGAGCACGUGUCCGCAAGCCCGGAAGCUCAAGACGCGGGUGAAGAAGUGGUGGCGCGGGACUCGUGCCCGGGAUCGCACACGAUGGAUGCUGCUGCUUGCGUCGCUGGUGCCGCUGUUUAUUGGGUGGGCGUGGAUGGUCUGGGUGAUGGUGUUCCGACCCGGUCCGCUUCCACAAUGAUAAGAAGAAAUGGCGAUCGGAACAGGGACGUUUUGCUGUUCCUGGUUUAUUUGUGGGUUUUCGGGGUGUAUGAGUACCAGGUGCUUCAGAGCACAUGAAGACGAGGCCGCCAG